UUUUAACGUGUAUUAAUGAUAUUUAUUGAAUCAAUAUAGACCUGCUUAUGUUCACACACAUUUAUUGUCGAAUUUACCCUUGAGAAACAUCUAUUUACAGCGACUUGGACACGGAGUUAGCAUAGUAACAUUUGUGAGCUAACGUUAGCUAACGGCUAAAAGGAUGUUGUUUAUUUUUAAAAGAGCUAAUAAUGAGGAAACUCAGACCAACUCAGAGGAGGGACAAGUACUCAGAUCUUGAACUUGAGUUAAAGUAGAAGUACCAGAGUGUGGGAAUACUCUGUUACAGUGGAAGUCCUGCAAUCAAAAUGUUCCUCAGUGAAAGUACCUCAAAAUUGUACUUAAGUACAAUUCCUUAGUAAAUCUACUCAGUUACUUUACACCACUGCAUCGAUUUAUGUCGUUUUUUUAAACGAAUAAGAACUAAUUAUGACAGCUAUGGGUUUAACUUGUUUGACCCAUGUCAGUCACUUGUAAAUAACGCUGUCUCAUGUCUCCAGCUGAUUGUUUAACAUGUUUUUCACCUGUGUUGUGAAUUAACUCAGUAGAUGUACUCUAGUACUGUCCUUUGGUACAAUUCUGAGAGAUACUUGUACUUUACAUGAGUAUUUCAAUGUUAUAGUAGUUUGUACUUCUACUUCCCUACAAUUCAGAAGUAAAUGGUAUACUUUUACUCCACUACCUGUAUUUAAAACCUAGGCAGAUUAGGAUUAAUGAUGGUAAAUAUAAUCAGCCCUUAAAUCAGACUUUAGUUCCACCGGGAGUAAAUUCAGCAGCUACCCUGCAGUAUACAACGCCAUUAAAACUAGGACUCCGGACUUUAACGUCUGAGUUCUUCUUCCACCUCUGGAUCUGGUUAUUUGAAAUGAUUGUGAUUAACCUAUGGACGAGUUGUUUUCAGUUCUCCUUCAAAACCCUCUGGGAUCUGCUGGAAAGGCGUUGUCACAGAGCUGACACCAGGUUUUCUCAAACACACACACACACCUGAGGAUCAUGUACAAUAUGAUGCAUUGCUGCUGUGGGCUAAAACCUCCCAUCAGUAUUUAAAUGUUGAUGACAUUAGUACAACCUUUAGUAUCUACAACAUUAAGCUGCAACAGACGCAUUAAUGCGUCAGUGAUAUUGAUCCAAAACAUCAUAGAAAAAGAACAUUUUACUGCACAAUCAAUCCUUUUACCUAAACUAGUCAGCCUAUAAUAGUUAUAUACUUUACCUCAGGUGACUAUUUAAGUCAACAUCUAAUGUAAAAUGUGCUGAUGGUUUCGAGGGCCCCGUUCUUAUCUUGCAGGUGGGAGCACACGGGUGAUAUAAAAUGUAUUUUAUGGAAGUCCGGCAAAUUAAGACCUGGUUCGAUCAUGUUUUGUUUCUCUUACAGGAUGCUUGUUGACCGGUGUGUGAGCUGAUACAAACUGCACUACCAAGACUGAAGGCCUUUUGAGGAAAUAAGCACAUCUGCACGAUUGCUCUGAGGAAACAUCAUUUGGACCUCUGCUGGACUGCGACCAGAACCAUGUCGAACAUUCUGAUCAACGUGAGCCUUUCUGACGAGCCUGCGCAGAGGAGACCGCCAACAGGAAACCGGAAUAACAAAAACAAGCGGUUUCGUAAAAAGCCAAGGGAUAUCGAGCACAGGGGCUCUCUGGACGGUAGGAAUCAUUACAACCACAGAACGGGGCAGGGCCCGCCUUCACGCCAAAAUGGAGCAAGUGUAAAUCAUUCAGCUCUUCCUACUUCCUCACGCAACACGAGCUUACCUUCGAGCGCACACUGCAACUCCACGCCUUCAAUGUCCGCUCACUGCCUGCCUUCCUCCGCUGCCUCUGUGAGCAACACAGGCGGCCAGGAGAAACCAAAGGGGCCUGGGAACACACAACCAACACCUGCUGCCUCCCGCCCCUCGUGCUCCAACAGCCAGAAACCCACCACCACACAGUCCUCAGCAGCAGUCCCCACCAAGUACCUCGCCAUCGACUGUGAGAUGGUGGGCACGGGACCGAAGGGCAGCAUCAGCCAGCUGGCCCGCUGCAGUCUGGUGUCGUACGACGGAGACGUGGUCUACGAUAAGUUCAUCAACCCCCCCGUGCCCGUCACAGACUACCGCACGAGAUGGAGCGGCAUCCGGCACAAAGACCUUGUCAAUGCUGCGCCGUACGUCGAUGCCAGGAAGGAGAUACUUCGGCUGCUGAUGGGGAAGGUGGUGAUCGGACACGCCAUCCACAACGACUUCAAGGUGCUGGGCUACUCCCACCCCGGGAUCCUGACCAGAGACACGUCCCGUAUCCCGCUGCUGAACCAGAGGGCCGGCUUCGCCCCGAACGAGGUGGCCUCGCUGAAGAGACUCACCAAGGCCAUCUUCAAUAGAGACAUCCAGACUGGGAGGAAGGGUCACUCUUCGGUGGAGGACGCCCGGGCCACCAUGCAGCUGUACCGAGUGGUGGAGGAGCAGUGGGAGAGGACUCUGGCCUCCAAAUCUCAAAGCAGCUAGUGCCAGGUUUGAAGAAACCACAUGGAAAUAAAACCGGGUUUUAAAUUUGACUUUUUGGCGUGUUUGGAUGGACUCGCACCACUGCUGUCCCGGUGACGUGUGGAGGAAGAAACCAGGUAGCUGCUCAUCCAGUGUGACCGCCAGCUGGAUUCUGAUAUCAUGGGAGAUGAUAGCCUUCAGUUUCAGCUGCUCUUUCUCAGGGUGUGCAUUGUGUCUUAAGGUGCUCCUGCCACUAGGGGGCAGUCAUGCUUUCAUCCAGGCGACAGCAAUGAUCACAAAAUCUUACAAAAAAGUUGUAUUAUUUCCUACAAGGUAAGUGCUUUUCAUGAGUUCAGUUCUACCCAGAAUCCGAUAUCUGUUUCCUUUUGCAACAUUCAAAACUAUUUAAAAUCUGACGAUAUAACUGAUAUAAUGUUGCAAAAAAAAACCUUUGUCAGUUUUUAUAAUUUUAAGUACUUUGAAUUAUUAUUAUAUAUGUUCUGGUUCCAUGCAACCGAUGAUUUUCUUCAGGGAUGUUUUUUCUACUUCAUCAUCUUCAGAUGCACAUGUUUAAAUGUGACUCAAUGGUUAUUUGUUUGUGAAAAACACACAAAGAAAUAACCCUGGCGGUCCAGAGAAAAGACACUGUUAAACAAAGUAGACUGGGUUUGAGAAAGUGGCUUUCACUAUUUUAUGUGUCAAAUGCGACUCUAUGUUUUAAAAUGUUUUUUAAAAAGCUAGAGAGAAGACCCUGUUAGAGUAGUAGUAGUAAAUUGCCAAACAACAAGAACAAUGUUUAUUCAGUCCCUGGUUAUUCUCAUAGCCGAGUUUCUAACAACUUCUUUAAACACUUCAUCAGACCCUUGUUCAAAGCUCUGUCCUCUCUCGUUCAGCGACUGUCAAAGGUCUUUUGGGAACAUGGAAAAGUCUGUAUGGUUUCCUAUGCAAUGUCAGGCGGGUUCAGAUGUCUGCUGUAGAUUCAGAUUGGUGCUCAACUUCAAUAAAUCAUUUCCACAAUCA